AGUACACAGGAGAAAAUUUAGAAAGAUGGAAAACUCUCACCAUGGUGAAAAAGUUACAUUUAAAAACUGCCUAAAAAGACUACUUAAAAUAACGCAUAGAGAUGAUGUCUCGUCUAAAACUGACAUCAACGUUUUGGUUGACGAGCUGAUAGCUUUAGAUUAUUCACAGAAGUUUGUUGAUGAAGAGGAUGCCAACAGUUUAAUUUGCCAUGUAUGCAGAAUAAUACCAGUUUAUGAGGAACAGAUAUCAGUGAAAGUGUGCCAGAUUAUACACAGUCUGACAGCAAAACAGCAACUGUCACUGGAGGAUGAGGUUCUAUGGAACGCCACAGAUUUCCUGGUGAAGGCGGUACAGAGGAUAUCCCACUGGGCCACCGCCGAGAUUCUCCAGUCACUGGGAGCUGUGGUGUAUGAAAAUGUGGACAGAUUAGCUCAGUUUCAUGAAGUGCUACUUGGGCCUCGAGGGGUUCUGAUUCCACUGAUUAAAGAAGAUGCCACCAGUGAGGAUAUUCUUAAAGGAGCGGUUCAGUGUGUGGAGAACCUGACUUUCAGAGUGUCCAGUGAGGAAUAUAUGGAUGACAGAUAUGCUGCCCUGUGUUUCCAGAUUUUAUUGGAACUUUUACAUAGAGUACCUGUUGCUAACAUGGAGCCAGGAACACAGUGCAAGAUUUUGAUUUGCAGUUUGAGAGGGCUACACAAUUUGUUGACAGCAACCAAAAUAAUGCCAUCUGAAAACCUGGGACCAUUGUUAGCUGGAAUUAGGGUGUUUAUGUUUCAUGGUCUGCCUGGUGCUCCAGUGGCUGUACCAGAGAGUCUAUACCCCACCCCCCGCAGUCAGUAUGACCCCGCCCCAUCAAGCCCCACAAAGUCAGAGCCACAGACUAAUGACUCCUCAGCAAAGUCUGGAGGCGUUAAAAAGUACAAAAAGAAAAAGGCAAAGAAAGGAGCAGAAACAAAUCGGAACACAACCUCAAAAUCACCACAGGAGAGGGAGGAGAAUGAGAAUGAUGAAACAGAGAUGACAAGAGCUAAAGCUGCAGAGGCAGUAUCUUCCAGACCCAACUGGGCAAAAAUCAGCAGUUCAGAGUCGGAGUAUUCUGACACUGAGGGAGGUCAGACUUCAAGGUUGAGGUCACUGCAUGCCAAAGUCAGACAAUGUGCCCUGGCUUGUUUGCACACAACGAUAAAGAGCAUCAAUAAGCGAGUAAUGUUUGGAUACUGGUCGUCAUUCAUACCUGACUCCACGGCAGCUGGUAAUAGUCCUCAAGUCCACACACUUUUUACUGUCAUUCUGAAAGACCCCUCACCAAAGUGCAGAAUGGGAGCUCUUGCAGCUUUGACAGCUCUUAUUGAUGGCACAAAAACUCUGCUGGCAACUGCUGAUGACAGUGACCAGAAGUUUGCCACAUUUGUUCCUUUUUCGGCUGUAUUGGGUUCUACAAUAAGAGAGCUCCACCGAUGUCUUCUGCUAGCGUUAGUCUCCGAGAAUAUUCCUCUGACUCUAACACAGCUUAUCAAGUGUGUAUCCACCCUGAUUACCAAUGUACCUUACUCGAGGAUGAGACCAGGGCUACUUAGUCGGGUUGUUAAACAAAUCAGAAAUUUCAUUAGCUAUAGGGAUCCUAAUGUGAGAGUGGCUUGCUUGACAUGCCUAGGAGCUGUGGCAGCCAUACAGCCCCCUCUAAUGGAGGUCUGUCACAUCAUCCAGUCAGGCCGUCCGCACAGUCAGACAAGUGUCAGUCGCGACACCAACCCUCAUCUGAGUGGAGACUCGGGAAUCAGCAGUGGUAACCAGAGUAACUGUUCUCCUAAUGCUGAAGCAGGCAUGAUGGAGGAGGUCAAGGACAUUCAAAACUCAUCCCCAGGAAUGGGGAGCCCUAUGGGUUCAUCCUCAGGGGUCCAGACCCCAGUGUUCUCAGACAUGAGUCUACAAGCUUCUGCCCACAGUGUAUCUUGGCUGGUGAAGUUAUGUGUGAGGAACAUACUGCCCAGUGUGGGGGAGAACGGAGAACAUACGGAGCCUCUACCUGUAAGACUGGAGUCCUUACAAGUCCUAGCUCACCUGGGCAAAGGAUACUUCCCAAUAAUCAGAAACAGUCUACCUGUCCUACAAGAUCUGAUUCUCAAGUGUUAUGCUGAUCCAGAUCCUGUGAUUCGUCUUCACACAUCAAAGCUUGUGGAUGAUCUGACUCAAGCUCUUCAGAGAGAAGUACAGGCAAGGGAUGCAACAGAUUCCUCAGGCAGAUUAACUCUGCAACAGGUGACAGAUUUCUGGAUUUCACUGUUGAGUAUAGCCAUUGCUAACAUUCUCCAGUCCGAGCCAAAUUGUGCAGUGAAGGCCACCACCUGUGACUGUGCCUCCAACAUAGGACCAGAAGUUUACGCUGCCCUACCAAUUGACAAAAGGGUGUUGUGCAUCACCUUAAUUCUGGGAUUAACGUCAGAUGAAGAUAAAAUAGUACGAUCCUCGGCCCUUAGGACCAUUGGAGUGUUUGUACUGUUUCCUUGUCUUAGAGAGGAUGUGUGCUUUGUAGCUGAUGCUGCUAAUGCUAUCUUGAUGUCUAUGGAGGACACCUGUUUGAAUGUCCGCUUUAAGACUGCCUGGUCCCUAGCUAACCUCUGUGAUGCUCUAGUCUUAAACAAGAUUGAUGGUGAUAAUGACUUCAUGAAUGACUUCUCUGACAUGCUGCUACAGAAGCUGUUUAGUACCUCCAUAAAGGCCUGUCAGGACAGUGACAAAGUCAAGUCUAACGCAGUCAGAGCCCUGGGAAAUAUCCUCAGAUAUCUACCAAUCAGGAGCCUCGGCAAGAGUUCUUUCAGAACAUCUGUAGAGGAUGGAGUCAAAGCAUUAAUAAAGAACAUCAGCAGUGGAACAAUGAAGUUAAGAUGGAAUGCCUGCUAUGCAGUCAGUAACAUGUUUAAAAAUACACUACUCAAUUUUGGAGGAGCUCCCUGGACACGAGAUUUGAUGAUAACAUUGUGUGCUGUUGUUAAAGACUGUAAGAACUUCAAGGUGCGAAUUAAUGCAGCGUUGGCUCUGGGGUCUCCAUCAGAGAGGGGUCACUAUGGCGACUGUCAGCUGUUUUCUUUUAUUUGGGAAAGUCUUGUUAUCGCCCUGGAAACAUCAGAAGACAUCACUGACUUUGCUGAAUUUAAAUACAGAAAUAAUCUAAACAAUCAGAUUUGUACAUCCAUUUUACAUCUAGUGAGCCUGCUACAAGCCAUUGAUCUGGACAUCUUACAUCAUCUACUGUUGGAGAGGUCGGAGGUGAUAUCGGUUCAUUUUGACAGGUUCAGAACAAGUCCUCAAGACAGCAACUCGACUCUAGAAUCAGAUCUGAUAGAGGCCAAAGACCAUUUAUUGACUCUGUUAUCUGGUCACAUGACUGAAGGUCAGAGGUCAGCUUUGUUUCUGCUGCAGCAACUUUGUAGAAUUGAUGAAAAUCUUAAUGAAGAAGAAAGAGUUCCAAAGAAGACAGCUUUUAAACAGAUUUAUGAUUAAUAUAUUGCAUAUAAUUGAUAAUUUGACAAUUUUUUGCUUUAAAUGUAUAGGCAUACAUGUGUAGUCAUGGGGUUUGGAAUUUGUGUUCCCCUUCUCACCUUUUUAAAUGGUAGGAAGGGGAUAUUCAUAUGCCCCCUUUUUCCCUCCUUUUGUGGCUAGACUAGUAAUAUUGUUACUCUUUCAGGGGGAGAUAAUUUGCAAAAAGAUGGUGAAAAUUUGUGGAAAUUUUAUGAAAACCUCUUAAGAACUCCUGUUUUGGAAAUGAUAAAUCUGAUGUAUGCCUUACUCAGGUUAGCAUUGUUCCCCAUAAGCUUUUGUCUCUUUUUUUUAUCAAAGAUUUUAAUCCCAAAACUUGGAUACAAAUUUACCCAGAAAUAUGACAUCCCCACCUUCAAGAUUGUGACCUUUGUUGUUUAUGAAUAAUUUGAUGAACUGUGAUACUGUACGUACAUGAUGUACAAUGCUUUUUACUCUUUGAUAAGUUAUAUGUAAAUGCACUUGUUAAUGCCAUGUACAUUUUGCUUUCAAUUAAAGUAUGUGAAUAU